AUGACCAGGUGGGCUCUGCUGGUGCUGAUGGUCCUGACAUUGGGCAGGACUCUGCUUGUCCCAGCAACCCCUAUCCCAGGCUUCCGGCUCCUCCCUCAGAACUUUCCCCAGGGCACUCCCUGCCCUGUGACCUCGGAGAGCCCUUUAGCCAGCACCACAGGCCCCUCCACUGUUUGGGGCCACCCUGGCCCUGGGCCCCGCAUCACCCUCUUGCUGGAUGUCCCCCUUGGCCUCCUGCAGAUCUUACUGGAGCAGGCUGCUGCCAAUGCCCACGCCUUGGCCCACGUUGGCCGCCGCUGAGCCUGAGGGAGGGGAUCACAAUGAUGGAGCCAGCGUGGAUGGGGAGACCUGCAAGGCAGCGGCAGAGCUGGACGGUACUACAUCUGGG